UUUUGUUGAAAUGUGAUAAUAGAGACAGGUCUUAUUGAGAUCAGCAACUGAUGCCAUUGGCUCCAUCACUUUUCACCAUAACUCGCAGCUCGUGGCCGCUUAGGGUGGGACUUUUGUUCCCAUGAUGGUGAUGACAGAACAGAUGGUGAGGUUGCCUGUUUAGGCACCGCUGUCGGUGUCAGACGCGUUUCAGUCCAGCUGACCUGCACCAGGCAGCUGCUGCUCUACUGGAGGCUGUGCGCCGCAGCGUUCCCCACUUCUGAAGUAUCACCGCCGUCUCCCAACACCCGGAGCAGAGCAGAUAUUUACAACCGAGGGGGUGUUUUCCACAGAUAGAAUUUAUCCUCAUUUAUAGGGCUGAUUAUUUAUCCUCCAAAACAUAAUUUGCACACACACCCCCUCUCCGCUCGCGCAUCAUCCCGGAGCUGCGGACACUGCAUGGGUCAGAUACAGUAUCAGCCUGCAGCAGUCUAGCGUACGGAGGAUACAGCGCUUCGUAGGUUUAAACCUCAACGUGUGGAAGUGAGGUGCAGCAGUGGAGUUUGGACCAGAUGUUCGACAGGCCUGCCUUCUACAAAUACUUUCCUCUGGAUUAGAAAUUGCUAACUAAAGGGUCCACCGCAGCUAGCAAACAGCAGAGGAGACUAAUGCUCAUGAACAUUCCCAUCAUACCCUUCUCCUGAACACUGCCUCUCAUCUAAGCUUUGUUUGAGCAGAGAGAGAGCAGACAAAAUGGUGCUCAGCUCUCAGCCUUGGCCUCCUUUAAUCUGGCUGUGCAUGGGAUUGCUUCUUCCCUUUCUGUCGCCCAUACACGGCAAAGAAUGUCCUUGUUUGUGCGUAUGUGAGAUCCGCCCUUGGUUCACCCCCCAGUCAACCUACAAGGAGGCAACCACAGUGGACUGCAAUGACUUGAGGCUCACACACAUCCCUACCAACCUGUCAACAGAUACCCAGGUGUUACUGCUCCAGAGUAAUGCUAUCUCACACACCAGUGGAGAGCUGGAAGCGCUGUUCAACUUGACUGAGUUGGACCUAUCUCAGAACAACUUCAGCACUGUGGAAGCAGUGGGCCUCACAAACAUGAACCACCUGACCACUCUGCAUUUAGAGGAGAACCAGAUCAGUCAGCUGCCAGACCACUGCCUGGGAAACCUCUCCAACCUCCAGGAGCUCUACAUCAACCACAACCAGAUCAGUUCCAUCUCUCCUCUGGCGUUUGCAGGCCUGCACAGCUUACUGCGCCUUCAUCUUAAUUCCAAUAAGCUCCAUGUCAUUGACAGCCGCUGGUUUGAAGAAACACCUAACCUUGAGAUCCUCAUGAUCGGGGAGAACCCAGUCAUUGGCCUCCUAGACAUGAACUUUAAGCCUCUAGGAAGCCUGAGGAGUCUGGUUCUGGCUGGCAUGGACCUCACUGACGUGCCAGCGAAUGCAUUUGUAGGUUUGGAUAACCUGGAAAGCAUUUCUUUCUAUGACAACAAACUGGUCAGAAUCCCUCAGUUGUCCCUACAGAGAGUUCCCAAUCUGAAAUUCUUGGAUUUAAACAAAAAUCCAGUUCAGAAAAUCCAGGAAGGAGACUUCAGGAACAUGCUACGUCUGAAGGAGUUGGGCAUCAACAAUAUGAUGGAGUUAGUGUCAAUUGACCGCUAUGCUCUUGACAACCUACCAGAGCUGACAAAGCUGGAGGCAACAAACAACCCUAAGCUGUCUUAUGUCCAUCAGUUUGCGUUUAGGGACAUGCCCUCUCUGGAGAGCCUGAUGCUCAACAAUAACGCCCUCACUGCUCUUUACCAACACACUGUGGAGGUAUUGCCCAAUCUGCGGGAGAUCAGUCUGCACAGCAACCCAUUGCGCUGUGAUUGUGUCAUUCAGUGGAUGAGUUCUAACAGGACCACGGUACGCUUCAUGGAGCCCCUGGCCAUGCUGUGCAACUCCCCAGCAGAACUCAAGGACCAGCGGGUUCGAGAGUUAAGGCUGUUGGAGUCUUCAGAGCAGUGCCUCCCCCUCAUAUCCCACGACACCUUCCCCAGCCACUUGAACCUCGAGUUGGGCAUGAGUGUCAGUCUUGACUGCAGGGCCAUGGCAGAGCCGGAGCCAGAGAUCUACUGGGUGACUCCACUUGGGACCAAAAUCACUAUAGACACUGUGUCAGACCGGUACCACUUGAGCAAUGAGGGGACCCUGCGGCUGUCUCACGUGCAGGUGGAAGAUUCUGGUCGCUACACCUGUGUGGCCCAGAACACAGAGGGGGCUGACACAAGAGUGGCCACCAUCCGUAUAAAUGGCACCCUUCUUGAUAGUGCCCAGGUGAUGAAAAUCUUUGUCAAGCAGACUGAAUCCCACUCCAUCCUGGUGUCCUGGAAAGUCAACUCAAAUGUUAUGUCCUCCAAUCUGAAGUGGGCCUCAGCCACCAUGAAGAUCGACAACCCGCACAUCACCUACACAGCUCGCGUCCCCGUAGACGUUCAUGAGUACAACCUCACGCACCUUCAGCCCGCCACUGAGUAUGAGGUAUGCCUCACGGUCUCCAAUGUCCACCUGCAGACGCACAAGUCUUGCGUUAAUGUGACAACACGUAGCGCCACCUUUGCCCUGGAUCUGUCAGACCAGCACCCAAGUGCGGCUGUGCUUGCUGUCAUGGCAACCAUGCUGGCCUUCCUCAGUCUGGCCACUGUGGGCGUCUACAUGGCCCGCAGAUGGAAGAGAAAAAACUACCACCACUCUCUGAAGAAAUACAUGCUGAAGACCUCCUCCAUCCCCCUUAAUGAGCUUUACCCUCCACUCAUCAACCUGUGGGAGGCUGAUGGUGACAAAGACAAAGAUAGCAGCACAGAAGGAAAACCCUCUCCCGUCGACACCACACGUAGCUAUUACAUGUGGUGAGGAUUCAGUAAGGAGGCCUGGCUGCCUCUCCAGCAGCACAAAAAGACACACUUUUGCCAUUUUGGUGCAAAAGUUGUAUAAUGUUGCAAAUGUUUUUUGUAUUCUCAGCUUUGCUAAUAAGAGGCAGAGUGAUCAAGGACAGGAUUUUUAUUAGUAUAGCGUAUCGCAUUUGUUUGAUUCUUUCUAUCUCUUAAUUGUCUCAGACUCUCCAAGAUGGCAGCUGUAUUUAGCCUCCAGGUUGUCUUAGUUGCUAUGCUCUGUUUCCUUGGUGCAUUUUUGACUCACUUUCUUUUGGGUUAAUAAUCCAGCAGCAGGGGCUGAUGGCCUUCUUGCAGCAUUAUUAAGUAGAGAUCAGUGUUUCUUUUUCUGUUUUGUAAAACAGGUAAUCUGUUGUGCACUGAUAGAUAAUGAAGUUUGUAUGAACUUCAUGUAAAAGCUGACAGCGGGGUUUAGACUUUUUAACUGUCUACUGAAUGUUAGCAAUUGUGCAGUAAUGUUGUAUCAACUAUACCUUUGAACUUUCUGAUUUAAAUGGCAAGAGAAUAGGAUUUUAGUUUGUUGAUAGAUGUGAUGUUAAUGCUAGAAAUACAAAUGUUUGUUAAAAUAUUUUGAGGUUUGUUUUUUUUUACUUACUACAGUGCACUAGAAACUUUUCAACCCUUUCCCCGUUUACUCACUUAUUUUGCUAGAUUUAUUUCGCUAAUUGCUUAGUUUAUUAUUUCACAUGCAAUAUGUAUACUGAAGAAGUCAAAAUAAAUAAUUUUUGGUUCUUU